AGAUGACACUUCAUCUUUGACGGCAGUAAAAGUUCGGCAUCAACGUCUAUAUGUGAAGCACUUGCGCAAACUCAUCCAUGUCAACAUCUGGAACGGAAAGAUUGAGCCCCAACAUCGACCCUGACUGAACCGACCCAGCGCAAAUAUCGUUCACAUAGCAACUCACCAUCCCAAAUCCACAACAGCAUCGCCACACCUACACAACCAUGUCGACACACCACUCUUCCAGGAUCCAUACCAUGCCGUCACGUAACCACCACGACCCGGAUUCCGGACUCUCCUGGAACGAAACCAUCCUCUCUGGCCCCACCUCCCUGUCAAAACAAAUGAACGAUUUUAUGAACAAAUCCAUCGGUCUACCGCCUCUUCUGGAAAGCAAAAGUGAUGAGACUGGAGCUGGCAGUCUGGAGGAUAUGGCUGUGAGGUGUUUGUUGGGCAAUCUGGAUGCUUUGGUCAAGGAGAGUUUGGAGGGGGUGCCUGGGUUGGUUGCGAAGAGGAUUUGGGAGAUGAUUGUGAGGAACAACCUCCAAACCCUCCGUCUCUGGCAACUCUUCACCAUAAUUUGCUCGGAUGAUCCACCCUCUUCCACCCACACAACCAUCACACGCCACCAUAUCCCCCUAUCUCUGGUCAUCCCAGCGAUCGACUCCCUCUCCUUCGCCUACCUCACCUCCUUGACUCUUGUCGACCAAAUCGCCGACUCUACUGCCUCAUUACCGCUAUUGUCAACGCUUUCAAAUCUCAUAUCGUUGCAUAUCAUCGGCGCUUCCACAUCUUCUGCACAAACCUCCAUGAUCACGGACUCUACUUUGAGAUUAUGGAGUAAACGAGCGAUCCACCAAAAUGGGUUUCCGAGAUUGGAAAUGCUGUUUUUGAGAUUCCAAUUCGGUGUUACUGAAAUUGGGUUGGGUGAGCUUGCUGGAUUCAAGGAGUUAGAAAUGUGCGUUACCUCUCGAUGUGGUGUCAAAAUCAAAGAAGCGAAGAAGAUUGUCAAAGGGGUUGGAUGGAAGAUGACGAGUUCAGCAUUCUACUCCCACGCCGAUGUUAUUCUUCAAGAUCGCCCGCUGGGGAAAAAUUACAUUGAUGUAGUGACUGAAUAUCUCACCUCCACCAUUGCCACUCCUGCCUCUCCUUCAACUACCACAUACAACCCACCCCUCUCCCUCAUCCAACUAGGUCGUCAAUCCCCAACCUUUGAGACAAACAUCCUCCACUCCAUCAACGAAGUCGAAUGUUGGAUCCGCGAUGACGAGAAAACCAAGAAUAUCGAGCAGCAGAGGAAAAGAAUGGUCGCUGAGAGGGAAGGGGAUAAACAGGAAGCAGGGAAGAAAAGGAGGAGGAUCAAGGAAGCGAAGAGGAGGGAUUUACUAGGGUUAUUGGAGGGGAUGUGAGCGAAAAAAAAAGAAAAAAGAAGGUUGAGAAUGAGAAACGAUCACGAGAUAUGAUCAUGUGUUUGAAGGAGAGAGUGAUUGGUUCGAUAUGCCUUCCAUUCAGAAAUCCGUAUGGAUGCUCUAUGCUCGAAGAACAAACAAUGAGGAUUAGCUUUUUUGUUUUUUUCGUCUCUGUCGGGAGAGAUCGAACAUUUGCGCUUUCGUAGAUUAGUCAUGCCUGGAGAAUUACAAGAACAAGGGAC